GCAGGUAAGGGCCGGUGCGGGACUGUGAGCAGAGCCCGCAGUCCGUACCUGCGUAGGGCUGGGUAUUACUUGCCCAACCCGUCGAGGAGCUCAGUGGCGACUGGUGAUCUUAACUGGGGACAUGGUUCGGAGGGACGUCCGCUUCUGGUAGCCGGAUUGACGAAAGAAUCUUUGGGUGGCCCAGAGAAAGGACAGCUGACUUGAGGCCCAGCUCAUCAGAUCCUUGUGGACACACUGCCUGCUCAUCUGUAUCAUGGCCCUCCACCCCCGCAGAGUUCGGCUGAAGCCCUGGCUGGUGGCCCAGGUGGAUAGUGGCCUGUACCCUGGGCUCAUCUGGCUGCACAGGGACUCCAAACGCUUCCAGAUUCCUUGGAAACAUGCCACCCGCCAUAGCCCCCAACAAGAGGAGGAAAAUACCAUUUUUAAGGCCUGGGCUGUGGAGACAGGGAAGUACCAAGAAGGAGUGGAUGACCCUGACCCGGCUAAAUGGAAGGCCCAGCUCCGCUGUGCUCUCAACAAGAGCAGGGAAUUCAACCUGAUGUACGAUGGCACCAAGGAGGUGCCCAUGAACCCGGUGAAGAUAUAUCAAGUGUGUGACAUUCCCCAGCCCCAGGGCUCGAUCAUUAACCCAGGAUCCACUGGCUCUGCUCCUUGGGAUGAGAAGGAUAACGAUGUGGAUGAAGAUGAUGAGGAAGAUGAGCUGGAUCAGUCACAGCACCAUGUUCCCAUCCAGGACACCUUUCCCUUCCUGAACAUCAAUGGCUCUCCCAUGGCGCCAGCCAGUGUGGGCAACUGCAGUGUAAGCAACUGCAGCGUGGGCAACUGCAGCCCUGAAGCAGUGUGGCCCAAAACGGAACCUCUGGAGAUGGAAGUGCCCCAGGCACCGCUUCAGCCUUUCUAUAGCUCUCCAGAGCUAUGGAUCAGCUCUCUUCCAAUGACCGACUUGGACAUCAAGUUUCAGUACCGUGGGAAGGAGUAUGGGCAGACGUUGACUGUGAGCAACCCCCAGGGCUGCCGGCUCUUCUAUGGGGACCUGGGUCCUAUGCCGGACCAGGAGGAGCUCUUUGGUCCCGUCAGCCUGGAGCAGGUCAAGUUCCCAGGUCCGGAGCAUAUCACCAAUGAGAAGCAGAAGCUGUUCACCACCAAGCUUCUAGAUGUCAUGGACAGAGGACUGAUUCUGGAGGUCAGCGGUCACGCCAUUUAUGCCAUCAGGCUGUGUCAGUGCAAGGUGUACUGGUCUGGGCCAUGCGCCCCAUCACUUGUUGCCCCCAACCUGAUUGAGAGACAAAAGAAGGUCAAACUAUUUUGUCUGGAAACAUUCCUUAGUGAUCUCAUUGCCCAUCAGAAAGGACAGAUAGAGAAGCAGCCGCCAUUUGAGAUCUACUUAUGCUUUGGGGAAGAAUGGCCAGAUGGGAAACCCCCGGAAAGGAAACUCAUCUUGGUUCAGGUUAUUCCGGUGGUGGCUCGGAUGAUCUACGAGAUGUUUUCUGGUGACUUCACACGAUCCUUUGACAGUGGCAGUGUCCGCCUGCAGAUCUCAACUCCAGACAUCAAAGAUAACAUCGUUGCUCAGCUGAAGCAGCUGUACCGUAUCCUGCAAACCCAGGAGAGCUGGCAGCCCAUGCAGCCUGCCCCCAGCAUGCAACUGCCCCCUGCCCUGCCAGCUCAGUAACCGUG